GGACCCGACGUGUGCUGUGCCCUUGUCGGGGCGGGCGCCCGCGGCACCAUGAACCGGAUCACGGUGUACGAGCGCCCCAACUUUGAGGGGCUGAGCCGGGAGUUCACCUGCGACGUGCCCGACCUGCACGAGCUGGAUUUCGGGGACUGCAUCGCCUCCCUGAAAGUGGUGGGGCCCUGGAUCGCCUACACUGACCCCAAGUACGAGGGGGAGCCGCAUGCCUUCGAGGAGGGUGAGUACCCCUCCGUGGAGCGCCCCAACAGCUUCUCAGCACUGCGCCUGGUGCACCACGACCUGGGGGACCCCCAGAUCACCCUCUACGAGCGCCCCAACUUCCAAGGUGCCUUCAAGGUGGUGACGGAGGAGACCAACUUGGCGUACGGGUACUUCAACGACCGGGUGGCCUCGCACGUGGUGCAGCGAGGUGUCUGGCUGCUCUACCAACACCCCAGCCGGGGCGGUUGGCACUGCCUGGCAUGGCCCGGCGAGCGUCUCGACGACUACAAAUCCGAACUGAAUUUCCAGUCUCGGCUGUCCCACCUUACCACGCUGUGGCAGAGCUUCAGCUUCAGCAACGCCACCAAAAUCAAAGCCGGGCUCACCUUCACGCUGACCGUGGAGGCCUCCAACGUCUUCACGGUGCAGAAAGGACGCAACGAAUCCAACACCCGCCGGGAACACGUGGAGGUGCAGCUGCCGGCCAAGAUCCCCCCGCGCACGGUGCUCAGAAUCCAGGUCCUGCGGAAGGAGGUGACGCUCUCCAUCCCAGUCUUGCUCACCAUCACCCAAAACGAAGCCGUUCGUACUGAGAUGGGCGAGUACCGCAGCGUCUCGGGUACCAACAUCAGUGCCCACUACAGCUUGAAGCCUUUGCCUGCUGCAGGAAUGGAGCAGGCAGCCACUAAGGGGACAGAGACGGCACCCGGCACCGGGAUGCAGCUGUAG